CAGUUGAUGCAUAUUUAAACAGAUCGCUGAGAGGGGGAGGGAUGGAAGGAAGAGAAGAAGGAGGGAGUGUGAGGAGAGGUGGGGUGAAGGAGGAAUCACCGCAUCAGCAGAUUGUGCACGAGCCGAGGAACACGCCUUGACAUCUCGCUUUUAUUUUCACUCUCCGAUUUUCCCCUCAAAAUGAUCACAGCGCCUUCUCCUUGUGCUUCUUCCUGAAGAAUACCUACAGGACAAGACAUUCGAUAUAUUUCUAUUAACACAUUCAAUACCAAUAUCGAGGAAUAGCGUUUUCACUGGAUAUUUAGAAGACUACCAAAAGAAAAAAAAAAUAUUGACUGGAAAAAAAGAUUUCUAUUUAAAUACGACACUUCAAAAAAGGAAGUCCUGCCCCCCUUCUGUACUUGACCUUUGACCCUGCCCACCCCCCUUAGAGGUGAGAGAGAUGACUGAUAAAAUGGAAGACUAAGACCAAGAGAAAACAGAGAGAAAAAAACUACAGAAACGACGGAAAGGAGGGGAAAAACUACAACACAACUGCCAACUUACAAAAAAACAGCUGAAAAAGAAAACUAUUAAAGGAGCGAUUGAAACCAAGAGAAAGGAUUGAUAAGAACUGAAUAGAAGAAAGAAAGAAAGAAAGAAAGAAAGAAAGAAAGAAAGAAAGAAAGAAAGAAAAUCAUACACACUUAUACUGCAAAUACAAAUUGAUCUUUCAACCUGUAGCACAACAACCGGGCUGGGCAGAUAGUAUUAUUAUUAUUAUUAUUAUUAUUAUUAUUAUUAUUAUUAUUAUUAUUAUUAUUAUUAUUAUUACUACAAGCACUGGAAAUAAUAAAACUGCAACCCGUUAAAACCUGCUAAACGAACUACCCGCAAAUUUAAAAACAAUUACACAAUUUAUUGGAAUCAAUGUAUAAAGAUACAAGAUAUAUUUCAAGAUCUAUUUCAGCACUGAGUUCAUAAAACGAAUUGAGACAUACCAAACUGGAUAUAACGCGGGCACAGUGAACCGCUUCAAUAAGCAUCUGCUAAACACAGACACACACACACACACACACACACACAGAGUCCGAUUCAGUCAAUUUUUUUUUUAAAAAAGCACGAAACUCCAUAUUUAAACUCUCAAAAUCAGCAGUAAUAAAAGCCCUGCACCAUGGAUAUGAACACAGAAAGCCACUCGUUCCUCACUGAGACUGCAGCACCCCCUAGCGUCACCAUGGGGGAAUCACACAACUACUUGUCAACCGGCGAACCCCGAACCGAACCUGAACCGGCCCAGCCCGCCUCAGAACCAGCCCAGCCCGCCUCAGAACCGACCCAGCCCUCCCCAGAACCAGCCCAGCCCGCCUCAGAACCGGCCCAGCCCGCCUCAGAACCGGCGCAGCCCUCCCCAGAACCAGCCCAGCCCGCCUCAGAACCGGCCCAGCCCGCCUCAGAACCACCCCAGCCUGCCUCAGAACCAUCCCAGCCUGCCUCAGAACCAUCCCAGCCCGCCUCAGAACUGACAACGCCUCAGCCGCACUGGGAGCCGGACGAAGCGACUGUGGUGUUCGUUGACGAGAAGCGGCAGGAGAACGGAAACGGCCUCCCCCCACCGGUCGCAAUCCGCCCUGCGGUGAGCAUCGGGGACCUGCACGCCACCCCCGACUCCAAGCGCCGGCACCUGAAGGAGCAGCACCACGGCCGCCGCUCUCGUGCCGGGAGCAAGUCCGGCUCCGUCUGCCACCUCCCGCACGUCGGGACCAACUCCCCACGGCCCAGCCUGUGUCGCCAGCACUCCAACGCUACCAACAGCGGGCUGGAAACCGGGGAGAAGCCACGGGAUUAUCUCAUCGCCUCCAUCCUGUCCUGCUUCUGCCCCAUGUGGCCGGUCAACAUCGUGGCGUUCGUCUACUCCGUCAUGUCUCGUAAUAGUUUUCAGCAGGGUGAUGUUGACGGGGCUCGGAGGCUGGGUAGUGUUGCGAAGCUCCUCAGCAUCGUGGCUCUAGUGGGGGGGAUUGUGAUCAUCGCAACCUCCUGCAUCAUCAACUGGGGCAUUAUGUCCUGAAUCGCUGGAUCACAUUGACCACAAGAAACACUCCCACCCCCCACCCCCAUAUCCCCUCCCCACCCCUCCCUACCUCACCCCCUUAAACAAGAGGUCUGCCAAUCACAUCAUCAACUCAACACACGCACACACACAUGCACACGCACACGCACGCACACACGCACACACAUGCACACACAUGCACACGCACACAUCACAAUGGAAUCACGAGGAGAGAGAGAGAGAGAGGGAGGAUACAACUUGAAUAAAUGACUAGAAGAAAAUGAAGGGAUGAAGAAAACAUCAAAAAAUGAAAAAACAAGUGGAAGAGGUGGAGUGAAAGAGGUGGUGACAAGAUGAUCAGGAAGGAGAGAAGGAAAAAAGAAAGAGAGAAAACACCACUUUGAAAAAAAGAAAGAAUGGAACAAAAAAAGAAAGAAUGAAAAAUGUGAGAGAAAAUAUUACUUUGAAUGGAAGAGAGAAAGAGCUCCCAUCUCCAUUAAUCUCAUUCUCUCAGAUGAAGAGGGACGGGACCCCAGGACACACACACAGAUAUUACCAGAUUGCUACGCAUGCUAAAGACUUUCAGACUAACGACAAACAAAGAAAAACAAAGAAAUAAAAUGACCACCCUGACCCUGACCCUGACCCUGACCCUGAGCCUGACCAACUAGUUGACUCUCAGUUUUAAUGAGCUUUUUGAUCGCACGGACGAAUGAUUGAUUACUGAUUACUGAUUAUUAGCUUUUUUUUACAACAAAGAAGAAAAACGGAGAGAGCGAGAGAGAGAGAGAGAGAGAGAGACAUGUUUACAAUUUUUACAAGCGACGGAUUCUCGCGAGAGAGAGAUUCAGUGUUUACAGUUUCAUGGAUCUGAUUAAUUUCAACUGUUUUAUUUCAGUGUUUUGAUACGUAGAGCGAUUCUAGAACCUUAGGAAGCGAUUUCACAAGCAUUUCGACUGGAGGUCUGUCUCAUUGUCUUCAAUACAGACCCUGCCGACUGCACCAGAUUACAGCUGCAACUCUCAUACAACUAGGAGAAUACAACUGUCUGUCUGUCUGUCUGUCUGUACUGCUAGCAAUGUAGUCUGCCAACUAUGCCCUCAAUCGAAGACACAGAGAAAGGCUUCUAGUGGAAACGUUUGCCAUUGAAUUUACACUGAAGACACUGAGAAAGACUUCUAGUGGAAACGUUUGCCAUUGAAUUUACACUGAAGACACUGAGAAAGACUUCUAGUGGAAACGUUUGCCAUUGAAUUUACACUGAAGACCCUGAGAAAGACUUCUAGUGGAAACGUUUGUCACAGAAUAUUUUUCUUUUGGUGUUGCUGCAUGUACUGCUGUCGAGUGUUUUGUAGUUACACAGGGUCUGAUGGGAACAAACUCGUUUAAAUAUAUAUAUAUAUAAAUUGAAGUGUUGUAAUGAGAAUAUGAUAUUGAACAGAUAUUGUGACUGGACUCAAAUGGGACCAAACGGAUUAUCAAAACCAGUUGGUUAUUUUUUGGGGGACUUGGGACAGUCAACAGACUGGAAAAAUGAGCCACCCUAACUGGGACGGACUUAAGGAAUUCCAGUCAAACCCAGUCCAAAUGAAGCCCCUAGUGUUUAAAAUUGUGUCAGGUAUAAAGAUUCACUGGACUUCUGAGAGAGAGAGAGAGAGAGAGAGAGAGAGAGAGAGAGAGAGAGAGAGGACCCCCUCCCGCAAAGAUCGAAUUGGAAAUUGAAUUUUAAAAAAAUCUAUAAAUCAAAUCUAUAAAGAAAAUUUCAAAAUCUACAGAAUAUAUCUGAUAUUGAUGCGAUCCAGCCCUCUGAAAUGUCUUUAUAAUAUACAGCACUAGACCCUGAUAUUGAUGCGAUCCAGCCCUCUGAAAUGUCUUUAUAAUAUACAGCACUAGACCCUGAUAUUGAUGAGAUACAGCCCUCUGAAAUGUCUUUAUAAUAUAUAGCACUAGACCCUCAUAUUGAUGAGAUACAGCCCUCUGAAAUGUCUUUAUAAUAUAUAGCACUAGACCCUGAUAUUGAUGCGAUCCAGCCAUCUGAAAUGUCUUUAUAAUAUAUAGCACCAGACCCUGAUAUUGAUGCGAUCCAGCCCUCUGAAAUGUCUUUAUAAUAUACAGCACUAGACCCUGAUAUUGAUGCGACACAGCCCUCUGAAAUGUCUUUAUAAUAUACAGCACUAGACCCUGAUUAUUCUGUGUAUCGUACAGCAAGCUGAGCUAACACUCUGUAGCUAAUGCAUAGUUCAGUAUUUCCAAGCACCAUUCAGUUUUCAUACGGGAACAAUAUUAGACACGUAAGUAACCGUUUACACUGACGCUUAGGCCUCUAAUACUUCAUUUCACCUUUUUUAAUGACAAUUGUAUUACAGUAUAUUGAGACAUGCUUGUUUACAGACCGUGUUAUAUUUUACUGCCAAAAAUGGGUCGGUUUACAAUUUUACAAAACUGUAAAAAAAAAAAAAAGAUUGUUAUUAUUAUUAUUAUUAUUAUUAUUAUUAUUAUUAUUAUUUAAGACAAAUGAAAUAAUAAAUGUCUUAUUAUAAAAUAAGACGUUUGAAAAUCUGUCUAUCUCUCAAUCUAUCUCAGUGUUGCAACGUUUGACACCAUUUUCAGUAAGUGCCUGUAUUAAAUAAUUAGUAAGUUUUAUUAGAAAAAAACGAAAACACUUUUCUCUGCUCGCCUCAGCAUUGCCUAAGUGAACUAUUUUCACUUACAAUACUUACAGGUUCACAAUCAGCUUAUAGCUUACGUCACGUCACGUGUGUCUUAUUAUCACUUUCCGCCCUAUUUAAAAUAAUAAUAAUAAUAAUAAUAAUAAUAAUAAUAAUAAUAAUAAUAAUAAUAAUAAUAAUAAUAAUAACAGACCCCUCUGGCUGUUUCAAAAUGGACUCGUCCGUAGCGCAGGCUUACUGAAUUGCCUGUGUGGAGCAAGCUAUAUUUAACAGACUAUAGGGGUCACUGUUUACAUAAUAAUAGUCAGUGUUGUGGCUUAUUGUAUAAUAAUACUAUAAGUGUUUUGUUUGUUUUUGUUUUUGAGGAUUGAAGUUUUCAAUACUGUUUACUAAAGAGGACACAACCAGGUUUGUCUCUUAUAAAAGUUUCCCACAGUAAAAGCAUAGUAAAGUGUAAUAACGCACAGUGAAAGCAUGGUAAAGCAUAGGGAAGCAUUGUAAAGCAGAGAGAGGUGUGGUAAAGCACAGGGAAGCAUUGUAAAGCAGAGAGAGGUGUGGUAAAGCAUAGGGAAGCAUUGUAAAGCACAGAGAGGUCUGGUAAAGCAUAGGGAAGCAUUGUAAAGCAGAGCGAGGUGUGGUAAACCAUAGGGAAGCAUUGUAAAGCAGAGAGAAGUGUGGUAAAGCAUAGGGAAGCAUUGUAAAGCACAGAGAGGUCUGGUAAAGCAUAGGGAAGCAUUGUAAAGCACAGAGAGGUCUGGUAAAACAUAGGGAAGCAUUGUAAAGCAGAGAGAGGUGUGGUAAAGCAUAGGGAAGCAUUGUAAAGCAUAGAGAGGUGUGGUAAAGCAUAGUGAAGCAUUGUAAAGCAGAGAGAGGUCUGGUAAAGCAUAGGGAAGCAUUGUAAAGCAUAGAGAGGUGUGGUAAAGCAUAGGGAAGCAUUGUAAAGCAUAGAGAGGUGUGGUAAAGCAUAGGGAAGCAUUGUAAAGCACAGAGAGGUGUGGUAAACCAUAGGGAAGCAUUGUAAAGCACAGGGAGGUGUGGUAAACCACGGUAACAUAAUGCAUGGUAGAAACAUGGGAAAACUGCAGAAUUACUGUUCAAAUAUACCGUGGGCAUUUCAUUCAUUAUUAUUAUUAUUAUUAGUAGUAGUAGUAGUAGUAGUAGUAGUAGUAGUAGUAGUAUCUUAACAGAGAAAAACAAACUGAAUUUGAGAACGGUUUUAAAAAACAAUUGCAAAGAUUGUUGUCUGUUUGUAAAUCAAAAGGAUUUUUUUUGUCAGGGGAAAGAGGGUCAAGGUUGGGAAGGCUGUCUUCUUUCGGGCAGUUUGGAGGAUGAAGUGAAUAAAAAGACACAUAGAAGGCUUGCGUUUUGGUUGUGGUCUUCAUGGGCAUUUAUUAAUCGGAAAUAAAACAACAGAUUAGGGUGUUGUUUUAAUGUUGUUGAUGAAAUGUUCUUUUAUCGAAAGACUAACGAAACGAAUUAUCGUCGCUUGCGGUUAAAUUGAAGGACCGGUAUCAUAUUUAUAUAUAUAUUUUUAAAAUAUAAUUCAUAUAACCCCUUUUUGCAUGUUUUGUAAACGGACGUGAAUGAAAACGGAGUUAUGUUGCAAGCUUAUGCACUUAAGAACUGUUAUUAUUAUCAUCAUCAUUACAAAUAUUAUUACUUUUGUAUUGUUGCCGAACGCGUGUUUGUGAUAUUUUAUUAAUUACAGCUUGUUAAUUACCUGUAUAUUGUACCUAUAACCCAUUAGUAUUAGGACACAGUUUAACACUAAUGAAUGUAAUUAAUGACAAUUAAAUAAAAUGGUACUGUAUCUUUCUUUUAUUUUAGAUUUCAAUUACAUUGUAACUGCACUUUGAGAUCACUAGACUAGACUGUAUUGAAUUACAUUGUAACUGCAGUUUGAGAUCACUAGACUGAACUGGAAUUACAUUGUAACUGCAGUUUGGGUUCACUAGACUGGACUGUAUUAUAAGGACAUUGUAACUGCAGUUUGAGAUCACUAGACUAGACUGUAUUGAAUCACAUUGUAACUGCAGUUUGAGAUCACUAGACUAGACUGUAUUGAAUUACAUUGUAACUGCAGUUUGAGAUCACUAGACUGAACUGGAAUUACAUUGUAACUGCAGUUUGGGAUCACUAGACUGGACUGUAUUAUAAGGACAUUGUAAAUGCAGUUUGAGAUCACUAGACUAGACUGUAUUGAAUUACAUUGUAACUGCAGUUUGAGAUCACUAGACUGAACUGGAAUUACAUUGUAACUGCAGUUUGGGAUCACUAGACUGGACUGUAUUAUAAGGACAUUGUAAAUGCAGUUUGAGAUCACUAGACUAGACUGUAUUGAAUCACAUUGUAACUGCAGUUUGAGAUCACUAGACUAGACUGUAUUGAAUUACAUUGUAACUGCAGUUUGAGAUCACUAGACUAGACUGGAAUUACAUUGUAACUGCAGUUUGGGAUCACUAGACUGGACUGUAUUAUAAGGACAUUGUAACUGCAGUUUGAGAUCACUAGACUAGACUGUAUUGAAUUACAUUGUAACUGCAGUUUGAGAUCACUAGACUAGACUGUAUUAUAAUUACAUUGUAACUGCAGUUUGGGAUCACUAGACUAGACUAGACUGUAUUGAAUUACAUUGUAACUGCAGUUUGAGAUCACUAGACUAGAUAGACUGUAUUGAAUUACAUUGUAACUGCAGUUUGAGAUCACUAGACUAGACUAGACUGUAUUAUUAUUACAUUGUAACUGCAGUUUGAGAUCACUAGACUAGACUGGGCUGGAAUUACAUUGUAACUGCAGUUUGAGAUCACUAGACUAGACUGGAAUUACAUUGUAACUGCAGUUUGAGAUCACUAGACUAGACUGUAUUAUAAGGACAUUGUAACUGCAGUUUGAGAUCACUAGACUAGACUGGAAUUACAUUUAACUGCAGUUUGAGAUCACUAGACUAGACUGUAUUGAAUUACAUUGUAACUGCAGUUUGAGAUCACUAGACUAGACUGGAAUUACAUUGUAACUGCAGUUUGGGAUCACUAGACUGGACUGUAUUAUAAGGACAUUGUAACUGCAGUUUGAGAUCACUAGACUAGACUGGAAUUACAUUGUAACUGCAGUUUGAGAUCACUAGACUAGACUGUAUUGAAUUACAUUGUAACUGCAGUUUGGGAUCACUAGACUAGACUAGACUGUAUUGAAUCACAUUGUAACUGCAGUUCACAAUUAAUAUAAUUACAUUCUGCAUCACUAAUUGUUAGCUUAUUUAUUUAUUUAUUAUAUUUUUUAUCUGCGUUUAACCAAGUUGAUACAGAAAUAAAUCUUUUUUUAAUGUAUUGGAGAUUGCUUGUAAAAAAAAAACAAAAAAAAUAUCAAAUAAAAAAAUAAAAUUAAAUUAAACAUUCCGGUAAUAUAAAAACUGGAAAAAAAGAAAAAAACAGAAAAGAGCAUGUUUGUGAAACAACAAAAAAAAAAGAAAAAAUACAGAAAAAAAAUAAUUAAAAAAAUGCACUUUUGAAAAUGAACACAAAAAAAUAAAUUGAAGGAGACACCAAACGGCUGUCAUAAUUUAAUUUGUUUAUUUUUUAAAUAUAUUUUGGAAGUUGGUUUUUCCCCUCACUCGUUGAUUUGAUAAAGUGAAUUGAUUUUGGAACAGAGUCUGUAAAAUCUGAUUGUGUUAAAAACUUUAUUUUAGGAAGAGAGAGAGAGAGAGAGAGAGAGAGAGAGAGAGAGAGAGAGAGAGAGAGAGAGAGAGAGAGAGAGAGAGAGAGAGAGAGAGAGAGAGAGAGAGAGAGAUUGAGAGAUUUUUGGUGAAUAAACAAGCAAAUUGUAUUAAAUUUAAAGCUUGACUCUUAAGAUUUUGUACAUUCUUUUGAAAAUAGAAACACAGUUGGGUUGGUUCACUAAAUCGGGGACAGCAGUUUAUUAGAUUUUAAAUUUAAACGUCAUGUUUAUAUUUUCUGUGUUUAAAAUAGUCAACGGUCAAAGGUGGGUGUUAGGGGUGAUUUUUACAGACUCUGAUCCUACGGGGAUUAUAUAAAAAAUAUUUUAAGAACCACUUUGUGGAUUAUUUAAAGUUCGCUAGACAUCAUUGAAGUGAGAGAAAUUACAGCUUUGAACCUCUCUCGCGGUCACUGCAUCCGCAGUACAUUCGAAUGUGCUUUUAAACAUCGAUCACAAUUGGAUUCUAUCAACUGCCAUUGCAUUGCAAUUUUACUGUAGCAAAAAAAAAAAGGAUAGCACUUUCCAUUAAGCGUCUCUAAUUACUGUGCAUUGCAUAUCAGUUACUUAGUGUGUGCUUACACAUCAUUACAACAGUGUUAUGCGUAGUUAAAAUGGACUUAAUGUGGAAAUAUUUUUGCAUGAUAUAACCCUAACCCUAACCCCCUAACCACGUAACCCCCAACCCUAACACCCAUCUUGCCCGUUUAGUUGUCAGCAGCUGAUUGAUCCCAGAAUCUCAUCAAGCAGCUUCUUGAAGGAUCCCAGGGUGUCAGAUUCAAUAACAUUACUGGGGAGUUGGUUCCAGACCCUCACAAUUCUCUGUGUAAAAAAGUGCCUCCUAUUUUCUGUUCUGAAUACCCCUUUAUCUAAUCUCCAUUUGUGACCCCUGGUCCUUGUUUCUUUUUUCAGGUCAAAGAAGUCACCUGGGUUGACAUUGUCUAUACCUUUUAGGAUUUUGAAUGUUUGAAUCAGAUCGCCACGUAGUCUUCUUUGUUCAAGACUGAAUAGAUUCAAUUCUUUUAGCCUGUCUGCAUAUGACAUGCCUUUUAAUCCCGGAAUAAUUCUGGUUGCUCUUCUUUGCACUCUUUCUAGAGCAGCAAUAUCCUUUUUGUAACAAGGUGACCAGAACUGAACACAAUAUUCUAGGUGAGGUCUUGUUAAUGCAUUGUAAAGUUUUAACAUUAUUCCCCUUGAUUUAAAUUCAACACUUCUCAAAAUAUAUCCGAGCAUCUUGUUGGCCUUUUUCAUAGCUUCCCCACAUUGUCUAGAUGAAGACACUUCUGGGUCAACAUAAACUCCUAGGUCUUUUUCAUAGUUCCUUCUUCAAUUUCACUAUCUCUCAUAUGAUAUUUAUAAUGCACAUUUUUAUUGCCCGCAUGCAAUACUUUACACUUUUCUCUAUUAAAUGUAAUUUGCCAUAUACAGUAUAUGGUGCAACAAGAUGUCCACAUGAAGUCCAUUGUAAUAUGCAUAAUAACAUUGUAAUGAUGUGUAAGCACACAGGGGACUUUCUUGACCUGAAAAAAGAAAUAAGGACCAGGGGUCACAAAUGGAGAUUAGAUAAAGGGGCAUUCAGAACAGAAAAUAGGAGGCACUUUUUUACACAGAGAAUUGUGAGGGUCUGGAACCAACUCCCCAGUAAUGUUGUUGAAGCUGACACCCUGGAAUCCUUCAAGAAGCUGCUUGAUGAGAUUCUGGGAUCAAUAAGCUACUAACAACCAAACGAGCAAGAUGGGCUGAAUGGCCUCCUCUCGUUUGUAAACUUUCUUCUUCUUCUUCUUCGUUUAUUUACUAAGUCACUUUGUAAAUACACAGUAAUUAGAGACUCAAUGGAAAGUGUUACCAACUUGAACUAUAUCAAUAUUUUUCUGAAGCAAAAUGAACGUCAUUUGCUUAAAAUGCUGUUGCUGUCUAAUUCCAUGAUCUUAGACUGUGACGUCGUGAUUCCCAGUGUUUAUCAAGAUGUUUCCAAUUCAAGGUGGGGUUACCAAGUUUCAAAUUCAAAGUUUUACUUUGAUGAAUUAUUAAAAAAAAAAAAAAAAAGAAAAUAGAAAAAUGCAAUCAGGUUUGUUUUAAAAUGAUUUUGUGUUUUCUUCGUUUGAUUUCACAGCGCGCACAGAGUGUUGCAUGUUUACAGAUGAAUACGUUAUUGCGAAUGGUCCAUGGAAUUUCUCAAUGUGUAUAAAAAAAUGAAAUAUAUGCAAAACUUCUUUUUUUUGUAACAAACGAGCAUGUAUUAAAAAAAAAACUACAAGAAAAAAUAAAAGAUACUGCAUGACCAAA